CAUCCUUGGCACGUUGCAGCCGCCCUUCAAUCCGCAAACGGAAUCAGUCGCCAGACACUCUAAAUUGCCCAGCCUCUAAUGGACAUAUUCUUCACAUUUCCAUUGUCAAUUGCGUGUGAAUCGACCGUCAGACCUCGCAAUAGACGCAUCUCCGGAAGCUGAACACACCAAUUCCGACAACUCUCGUAAACCAACGUGUAUCCAUGUUCAAUGUCUACUAAGCCGAGCACAACGCGCAGUACAAUUUGAACAGUCAUGCCGUUUGAUGAAUUCAACUUCGGUCCUGCCGUCAACCUUAUGUAUGAUAGAUCACGUUGCUUUCCCACUACCCCAGAGUAUACUCCCUGCAAGGUCCCUCGUGUUGCUAUAAUAAGAUUGAUAGAUCCGCAUCGUGGGUGGGGCUACUACUGCGACAGUGCGACCAUCGCCUGACGUCAAGAGCACGCCCAAGCGUGCGAUGCACAUAACUCCGACAACGAACAGCUCCAGACAAGCUCUACGUCACGACGAAAGGGCCGCCGAUCCCUUCCCUGCUACUAAACCCUCUAGCAACGAUGUCUUCCGCGUCAUGUCGCUCCGCACCGGCACCCCUACCCUAUUCUGCAACAAACAAGCCGUAAAGGGCGGCCUCCGCAUCAGCUACCCCAAGCAAAACUCGUCAUGCACAGAGCCGGAUGCCAACUACGCCAGCUUCUCGCUCACCGAGAACGGUGACUAAUACCUCUACACCGAUAACCCACCCCUUCAGGCCUACGUCGAUCUGUUCCAUUCCCGCAGGUGUCGAGGGAUGCAUUCCAUUCACUGCGAAGGCUUUGAAGGAGGAGAAGCCGGUCAAGUGCCCCUACAACGAGAUGUCAAACUAACAGAUUACUGACGGAAGCGAAACGCUUUCUACAACGUAGUGUGCAAUCAAACAUCUUCCUCACAACACUUGUACUCUAGCUCUCCAUAUGUCUCAAGUUGAUCUUUCAAGCUUCUGAGUGCCUCAGUCAGCUCCGAACCC